AUGGCUAGAAAUGGAAGUUGUUUUCUAGUCAGGCAUACUCCUCAUCCCAGAAGAGUCUGCCACAUAAAAGGAAUGAAUUUGUGGAAUGAUUUUUGGGCCAUAAUCAUCAAAUGGGAUUCCAAGAUCCUGGUAAAGCUCUGUGAGAUUUUACGUACUGAUUCUCUGGCGGAGGUUCUACAGUGGCUGCUUCAUGCAAGUUCAAAAGAAAAAGAGUGGGUCUCGGCUUUAGUUCAUGCCGAGCUGGCUGAGAUAAACUUGUUGACUCGCCACCGAAGAAACACCUCAACAGAACCAGCAGCAGAAACCGGGAGGCCACCCGCAGUUAAACCGCCCCCAAAUUCACCUGCAAAAUCAAAAGUGCUGACCAGAUCUAGGGAAGGGCAUACACCGACCAGAGUGUCAAGCCAAGGAUCUGAAGGAAAUAAGGAAGUACCUAAAGAGGCUGAGUACAAGACUCCAUUGUUUAUAAGAAGAAACAAGAUGAAAAUACCCACUGCAGAAUAUUUCAGCAAACCAAAGUCUCCUCCCAAGCCUAAAACUCAGGAGAGCAUAUCAGCAAAACCAAUGUCAGCAAGGAGUACACAGCUAGGAAACAAUCUCUGUCUUUAAAGAGCGUAUUAUCCUUUAACAUACUAAAGAUAGAAAUACGAGACUGGGCUAAUUCUUUCAUAAAAUUUUAGCUUCACUUUGUUACAACAUCAAAUUAUUUAAAAAAUAUUUAUUUUUGGUAUCAAAGAAUCAAUAGUUCUCUUUAUGUGGCAUAUGUAAAUCUCAAAGCACCUGUAUAUACUGCUACUAAAUAAAUAUUAGUGGAGACAAUAUUUCUAUUUGUAGUCAAUUUUAAUACAAUGCAUAAAAGAAAUGUGUUUAUUUAUAUGUUUCCAGCUUGCACUUUUAGUAUUAGCUCAUAAACAUAGGGCCUUGAUACUAGAAAAAUCUCCAUAAUCAGAAUUGGCAGUUAAACACUGUUAGAGGAAAAAAAAAUUCUAAUAUUAAAAUUUUAAAAUUAGCAAUCUUUAAUAUUGAAGAACUUCAAUAUCUGAGCUGAUUUUCCCAGCCUAUAGUGUUUUAAUGUUGUUGGACU